AUGACUACUUCUCCUGCCACGAGUCUGUGUCAAGCUUUGGAUUUUCAGCCGUCCAGCGGCCCCUUAACCACGCUGUCGCUCCCCUCAGACAUUGGCAUUGGUAAUGGCUGGGUUACAGUGACAAUUGGAGGCUACGUGAUCGGAGAUAACACCGUCGGCUUUGUGAUUGACACAGGUCGCAGUGUGAUUUUGUCGAAGCUUUCGGGUAGUGCUGAGAAGACUUUAUAUCUCAAAUUCUGA